AUCGGCUUUUUUUACGCACGCGAAACUACGCGCGAGCUAGAUAAAGUUACAGGAGGUAUAUCACCAAAUGAUUUUAAACAGAAACUUUUAAAGCGUUUUUUGUAAUGUAUUGUCAAAAGAUUUAAGGUGAAAAGAAUUGAAGAGAAGGACGGUUCGACUUAACAGACUCAAGAGGAGAAGCGGGAGUCGAAACGAGCUGUUUUUCUCUACUCGUUAAGCCUUAACGAGGCUAACGGUUAGCUGACCUGACCCGCAUUGCUAAAUGACUGAACGUUUUUUAAGGGAAAACUCUUGAAAAAAUCACAAGUAUAAUUUAUCUUAAAGUUGGGGUAAUUUUUCCCCCUUAUUAUUAUUAUUAUUUGUAUAUUUUUAUUUCCCCCUUCUUUAGUUUAACUAGUUGCAGGAGUCAGGUGGGAAUGUUUGGUCCAGCUGGUCGUUGGAAUAAUAAUGAAGGGUCCACAAAUGUAUCUGAGAGCGACUCAGAAGACGAGACUAAGCUCCCCCUCAAUCAGUUCUAUCCGUACAUCCGUUGUGGCCUCUGCUGUGGAUUCCUCAUCGAUGCCACCACCAUCACAGAGUGCCUGCACACAUUUUGCAAAAGUUGCAUCGUGAGGCAUUUCUUCCACAGCAACCGGUGCCCCACGUGCACCAUUGUGGUCCAUCAGACACAGCCUCUGUACAAUAUCAGACCUGACAGGCAGCUGCAGGAUAUUGUUUACAAAAUGGUUCCCUUCCUGGAAGGACUUGAAAGACAACAAAUAUGCAGUUUCUACAAGGAAAGAGGUCUUCCUGUACCAAAACCAGUGGUCCUCUCCCCUCAGGGUCCCGGUGUGGUGAAGAGACAGAAAAGGGACAGCUUUCCUCUGUCCGUGUUCACCAUCCCCCCUGAGCUGGAUGUGUCGCUUCUGCUGGAGUUUGUCGGAGCAGAAGAGGGAAUCUGUGAUUUUAAGCCGCUAGAGAGGAGGUAUGUGCGCGUGUCGGGGGAGGCCACUGUCCGUCACGUGGAGCUGUUUAUCAGGAAGAAGAUGGAACUGACUUCAACCUGCCAGGUGGAUAUGGUUUGUGGGGAUCACCUUCUGGAUCAUUACCAGUCAUUGAAAGACGUGCAAAAGUCUGUUGGCAAAGAGGCUCUACAGGACGGGCUGCUGGUUCUACACUUUGGUUUGGUCUUGCCUUCCCAGUCCUGAACACAAAGUGGCCUUCUUUUUGUUUUUUUGUUGAUCUUCUCAACAUUUUGAAGAAAGACGGCUUGUUUUUGCACCAACAGAUCAAUGCCUUAAUACUCCUGCAGGACUUAUGGAUGAAGCUCCACAGCUUUUCAGAAUCUGCUGACGAGAACAUCUGUCACAAAUGAGCUGUUGGGAUUCCUGAAAAACGGUCUGACAUGAACCAAAAAAAAACCUCAACUCAUCCAUUCAGGAGUUGAACGCUAGGAACAUGUUUACUGAAGUAAGGACCACACCAACAGGAACAUGUGAAUGAAAGGCUCAGUUUGUUAGAAGCUAGUGCUGCUGUAGCUGAAACUAGAUUUAACUUCAGUUUCUUUCAAUAUCUGUUCAACAUUCACCUGGAUCUCUUUUCUUCAAGGAGUACAUGUGAUUCCAAGUAAGAAAAAUUGCAAAUACCAAAGACGUUUGUAAACCUCAAAGCUGGAUGUGUCCACAGUAGUGAAUGAAUGGGACCUGAAGGUUUGAACAGUGGUCAAGUUUGUCCUUUGGAUGAAAAUGCAUUUUCUUUUUAAUGGAAAUGCUAUUUUCUGGAAGUUUUCCUGCAAAAAACUUUUGUAUUUUAUUAACUUCAAAAAAUAAAUAAAACAACCAGAAAUGUUUGCAUGUUA